AUGGCAUCGACUCUUCCGCCUCCCACUAGCUCUCUCACCUCUGGGCUUGUCUUUGAAGGCAAGCCUUACGAUUUAACUAGGGACGAUCCUCUAAGCGUGUUUCAGCAGAAUGUCUCUCGCGUUCAUGAAUACAUCAAGAAAAGACUGGCAGACUUUGAUGGACUUGACACUCUUGUUGAGCUCAAGCUCGGGGACGGAUCACAAUUUCUGUGCCCCCCUAUCUUCAUUGAUUCUGUAUCAAUAGGUGCCAAACUGCUUGACAACAUCCCAGAUGAUGUGAAGCCUGGUGUCACGGUGACGAUCAUGCCCGAGUACAUCCUCGAUGUCAUUGAAGGUCGUAUGCACGCCGUUCACGCUUUUGGCAAGCGCGCGAAGCCCCCGUGUCGUGGAAGCUUCCCAAUGUGCUUUGCUCCAGGCGGACGUCCUCAGCCCGUCCUUGACGCGGAUGAGCUGGAUCCUCAGGACUUACCAAAACCCACGGAGAACGUUGAGCAGAUUAGACAUGAUCUUCAGAAAUGGGGAUACGCAAUGGUGAAGAAUGCUCUUUCGAUAGAGCAGGUUGGGAUCCUCAAGACUGCUGUUGAUGAACAAGCAGCUGGCGAACGACUGGCUGGUGUAGCUCACAUGGACGGCGCUCAUGUGCAGGCUGACGAUCAGCCGAAUCAACGAGUAUGGAGUCUUCCCAACAAAGGCGAUGAGUUUCUCGAUCUUUUGAAUCAUCCUUUGAUCGACGCAAUCAUGCCCUGGUUUCUGGGAAAUGCGUUCAAGCUCCAUUCUAUGGGCGCUAACAUUGCUCGACCUGCAAAGUCCGGUAUCUAUAUGCACCGCGAUCAGAUGGGGCUCACUCCUGAGACAAUUGAUCAUCCUUAUCUUCUAAACGCUAUGUGGUAUUUAGUGGAUGUCACGGAGGCCAGGGGCGCCACCCGUUUGUAUCCCGGGUCUCACAACAAAAAUGUCGCACCUCGCAUUAUCAACCAAGUCGGUGGAUCUGUUCCGGCUGCUGCCCCUGCUGGAACAUGUGUGCUCUUGGACAGCCGAACUUGGCACUCGACUGGUGUAAACACAUCAGACGUGACACGGCCUGUCAUUCUCGCUGAGACUAAGGCAAAACUGUCUGACAGGCAACUGGGGCUUUUGGGAUUCCGCGUUCCAGUGCGAGAUGGAAAGCGGGCGCAGGCGUACACCGCGUAUAAUUACCCAGGCGCGAAUUUUGGAAAGUCGAGGGCGUCAGCAGAUGCUGCAUGGCUUCCCAACAAGACAAACGGAGAAUCUUAG